AUGAAGACAAGCUUUUUGGUUUUCAUUUUACUCUCCUGCACCUUAGCAAAAUAACUGUAUGAUGUAAAAAAGUCAUAUGUCACACCUGUGAAUGAAAUAAAUUUUGAGAAAUAGAUUAACAAAAUAAGACAAACAACAAAAUAUGUUACAAUAGUUCAUUUCUACAAAUUCUCAGAUGGGGAAAGUAAAUCAUUUGCAACAAAAUAUGAUAAAUUUACAAAUGAAUAUAAAGGCAUUUUCAGAAUAGCCUCAUGUGAUUGCGACGAAGCUGAAAGGAUUUGUUAGAAAGAGAGUGUCUCUAAAUAUCCUACAUUUAGAGUAUAUCCUCCAUAUCCUGUUCCUGCCAUUGAUUACGAGGGUCCUCUUGAAAUUGAUGGAAUCCUGAAGUUGGCUUCAAAAUACAUCCACAACAAUGCUAUCGAGAUUAAUGAGGCUAACAUCAACACAUUUAUAAAUGAAAACCCCACAGUUCCCAAAGUGUUGUUAUUUAGUGAGAAGAAAGGAUUCCCACUUGUUUACAAGGGAUUGAGCGUCGAAUUUGAGAAAAAAUUAUCGUUUGGUAUAGUGAGAUCAACUGAAUAGGCUUUGCUAGAUAAAUACAAUAUCAAAGAAUUCCCUAAGAUGGUACUUGUAAAGACUCAUGAAAAAAAACCAUUUCCAUAUACAGGAGAAUAUAAGUUUAAGCCUAUGUUUGAUUUCCUGAAUGUUCACAGCGAAGUCUUUGUCCCAGGAGGUGGAUCAUCUGCUGAUAGUGCUGCGACAAAGGAAUGGAUGAUGCAAGUUGUUCCUCAAUUACAUCAAAGAUCUGCAAAUGAUAUCUGUUUAAAGAUUGAUAGUGCGAUUUGUGUAAUCUUAUUGAACAAUGGAGAUAAACCAGACAACAGUUUGGUAGAUGCAUUGAAGAGGUUGAACGCAUUAUAUGAGAGAAAUAUCAACAGAGGAACAGUUUUCAAGUUUAUGUGGCUAGAUGCAAAGACAGAAUCGAAAUGGGGUUCAACAUUAGAAUUCUAAGGAGAAUCAAAAAUUGUGUUAUUGAAUCCAGCUAAAAGAAAGCGAUUUGCUGUUCAUGAUGGGGAGAUGACAUUUGAAGCCAUAAAGGGAAGUUUGGAAAAGUUGAUUAGUGGAGAUCUCAAAUUCAAAAAUAUAGGAGAGUCAUUGCCUGAUUUUGUGAAAAUUGAUUUGUGAAUAUUGUUAAUUAGCUCAUCAUUAUUUGAAUUUCACUUUAAACAAAUAAAA